GCACAAGGUUUGGUCACACUGCCUUUCUUGUCCUGCUCUGAGCCCUGCUCUGUGAGGUCCCCACUGCCAGGCCCAGCCCCUCCCACCGCCCACGAAGGGGCUCCGGUGCCCACGGAAGGAAGCCCUGCAUGCUGGCAUCUCCCCCAGAGACCAGUGCACACGCAUGCUCCGGGCGGGGGCGAGCAUGGGGCAGACCGAAGCUCCCCAGAGCCCAGCCUCCCAGCUGGAAAGUGCCCGCGUGUCGCUCAGGAGAGUGGAACCAAUGCGAGCCUUGGAGGAGGUCUGCUCCGCGCCCCGCGCAGAUUGGUGCUCAUGGUGUUCACCAGUUGUGUGUCUGUGCAGCAAAAAACCCGAGACGCUGCCUGCCUGCUCCCUCUCUCUUCUGCUCUCUCCCUCCCUUUGCAAACAUUGGAUUUAAACCUGCUCAGAAUUCAGCACAGAGGAAGGCGGCAGCGGCAGCAGCGGCAGCCGGCCCAGCCGCGGGGACACCGCAGCCUCAAGAUGCACCACCCCGCCUGCUGGAUUGUGUUCUCCGUGACAACCGCCCUGCUCUUCAUCCCAGGAGUGCCCGUGCGCAGCGGAGAUGCCACCUUCCCCAAAGCGAUGGACAACGUGACGGUCCGGCAGGGGGAGAGCGCCACCCUCAGGUGUACCAUAGAUGACCGGGUCACCCGGGUGGCCUGGCUGAACCGUAGCACCAUCCUCUACGCCGGGAACGACAAGUGGUCCAUAGACCCUCGUGUGAUCAUCCUGGUUAACACGCCAACCCAGUACAGCAUCAUGAUCCAGAACGUGGACGUGUACGACGAGGGCCCGUACACCUGCUCCGUGCAGACGGACAACCACCCCAAGACCUCCCGGGUGCACCUCAUCGUGCAAGUUCCUCCCCAGAUCAUGAAUAUCUCCUCAGACGUCACCGUGAAUGAGGGGAGUAGUGUGACCCUGCUGUGUCUUGCUAUCGGCAGACCUGAACCAACGGUGACAUGGAGACACCUGUCAGUCAAGGACGGCCAGGGCUUUGUGAGUGAGGACGAAUACCUGGAAAUCUCUGACAUCAAACGUGACCAGUCCGGGGAGUAUGAAUGCAGCGCCUUGAACGAUGUUGCUGCCCCUGAUGUGCGGAAAGUAAAAAUCACUGUCAACUACCCUCCCUACAUCUCCAAAGCCAAGAACACGGGGGUCUCUGUGGGCCAGAAGGGCAUCUUGAGCUGUGAAGCCUCUGCAGUGCCCACAGCUGAGUUCCAGUGGUUCAAGGAAGAUACCAGGCUGGCCACCGGCCUGGACGGCCUGAGGAUUGAGAACAGAGGCCACAUAUCCACACUGACCUUCUUCAACGUCUCAGAGAAGGAUUAUGGGAACUAUACUUGUGUGGCCACGAACAAGCUUGGGAAUACCAACGCCAGCAUCACACUGUAUGAACUAAGCCCCUCAUCAGCAGUGGCAGGGCCUGGAGCUGUCAUUGAUGGUGUAAACUCGGCCUCUAGAGCACUGGCUUGCCUCUGGCUAUCAGGGACCCUCUUUGCCCACUACUUCAUCAAGUUUUGAUAAGAAACCUUAGGUCUUCUGAGCAACGCCUGCUUCUCCAUAUCACAGACUUUACCUACACUGCGGAGAGCAAACCAGUUUGGGCUUCUUUUUGUUUGUCUCUGUUCUUCUUGAUUUGAUUCCUCUUUGGCUGGUUGUCUGUUUAUUUGACUUUUCUAUCCAGUUUGAAUGAGUGGGGUGGGGGGGAGGGGUGUGCAGGGUUCUACCUUGUGUAGGAUAAUCAUUCAUUGGUGUGUCCAAAAAUGGAAUCUGUUCCUCUCCCUUGGCCCUUCCCUUUCCUCUGCCUUCCCGACACCAUCACCACCAGCCCUGCCCCCCCCAGUAAACCAUAAGCUCCAUCUGGGCAGAAAAUGUGCCUCGUGAUAAACACCCUGAAGACACAACUUCACGUAUAAUGUAGUGCACAGCGAGAAUUACAUCCAAGUUUCCUAUUAGCUGCAUCUUCUAAGCUUUGGACCAUUUUCCUGACUAUAAUGUACAUAUCACUCCUUCCAUGUUUAUUAUUGUCUAACUACACGAGGGUUCACAUCCUUUCUUUCUGGGAAGGUCUCUCUCUAAAUAUAUAUGAAACAUCGCCAUCUUUUCAGCCAUUCUGCCCUAUCUGCUUUCUCUACCAGCUACAGGGAUUUGUAGUUUAGGGAUAGGCACACAACCCAAAACUAAACAUUCAGAAGUCAUGUGACCGAAUAAAGGGGGAAGCAUUCUGAGGAUGGUACUUCUCUCAAAAACAUGCUGUCCAGGUCAUAAACAAUGAUCUAUAGAUGGCUGUUAAUUUAGGUUUUAUCAAGCUCUCUAUGAAAGUAAUCAUACGGUUAUCCAUCUACUCAACUGUCCGAUUGAUCUUGAUCGUUCCAUCCACUUAUCUACCCACCCAUCUUCUUCUCUAGCAAUCUAUUUUCUUUAUCAGUCUGUCAAUGUAAUUAUCUAACACGUCUUUCUAUGUCUUUGUUUCUUUCCCCACUCUUCACUCUCAAUCCAUCACCACAUUAAUCUCUAACCAUAUUGUGUCUAUUCCACUGGAUUCAUGUCUCCUCUACCUUCUGCAGAUAUUGCCAUCUUCAAAAUGACCUAUAUCAGCUUCUCAUGCGAAAGCCAAUGAUCUCACAGGCUAACAACAUAGAAAGGCAACAUGUCAUGGACUGUCUGGAAUGUGCUAGCCCAUCUACCCAAAGUAGAUACUGGUAAGAGAUGGACAAAAGUAGCAAUCGAAUGGUCGGUCACUCACUCUUCCCAGCAGAGACUGUGUAUUGAGAAACACCUUCUUGGGAAGCAGAUAAGCCUUGGCAAAGCCUCGAUGAGUAUCGUGUUUUUUCUUUCUUACUGGAAGGACAAGGUGCCAAAAUUCAUGUUUCUCUCAGCCUUUCAAGAAAGUGCAUGUCAGGAAGCUAUGGGACUGUGCUUAAUAGCAAGAAAGCGAGAGAGAAAACACAGCUCCGUCUCUGCAGUGUGAAGAGAGCCGUCCACCUGAGUGGGGUGACUUCUGCUAUUGUCUCCUCUCUGCUCCAGUUUUGGUUUCAUCUGUUUGAAAACUAUCCAGUAAAAAGCUGAUGGAAGCCAAUUACAUGGCGGGUGUGUUGACAACGCUGGUAUAUGUUUCAGGAAGCUCUUCUGAGCUGAGGGCACUUGAGCAACUGACAGUUUCCAAGCACUUGAUUAACACAACACUGCAAACAGAAGGGGAAAGUGACACACAAUUUCCUCGGAUACAGACUGCUUCUCCAGGAGCUUUGGGGAAGGAUGCCCUCAGCUCUCCAUGUUCAGAGCAGAUCUUUCCAGAACACAAAGAAGAGCUGACCUGAUCUUUCUGUAUUGUCUCCUGGGACAAGAAGGACUCAGCCGGCAAGUGUGCCAGGGUUGCAAGAGAAUGGCAUUGGAAACCUGCAGGGCUGUGCCCUUGUCCCGUGCUUCAGGGAGUGACCUGCUGAGGAUAAGAAGGAACAUCGACAGUGACUGUCUCACAGACCCGCUGGAAAACUCUUUCAGCUCCACAGUCUAAAACGUGAGAGAUACCAGCUCCACAGAGUUCCGUUCCUUCGAUGCUUAAUUGAUCCGCUUCCUCUGAAAUGUGACCUCUUUGUUUUUGUCCGUUAUAGCACAUGAACAUGACGUACACAGUGGAGAAACACACACACACACACACACACACGUAGGCUGUCUUGGCGUACAAAAAGCUGGGCGCUUCCGUAAGAGAGCUGGCGUGAAUGAAAUUAAUAUUACACUUUCCAGCUGUAAACAGACAUCUGCAUUUCCCACGGAGUUGCCAGGAGCCAGACUGCGGGAACGUUAAAUGAUGUGCCAAAAGCAGUGUGUGGAUUUCAAGUUCCAGGGACAGUCGAGAACAGGCGUGGAGUCAGAAUUACAGGUCGGACAUCAGCGUUUCAGACCUGUCACCACACGGGGCUCCUGGAGCGGGGCUGGUGUCAGACGCUGAAGGAGCGUUUAACGUGUCAUUUGAAUGUUCUGCUGGUAAUACGCUUGUUCCUUUGGAGUAACAAGUGUGGAGGCUGUGGAGACGGUACCGUUUUGGAGAACGCGGUGCUUGAAAUGGACAAGCUGGGCAUACUCCUCACUCCGGGACUUGAUCUAGAGGAAGGCGCCCGUCCUCCUUCAGCCAGGAGGAUCCAGAACCUUCCCAGCACAAUGAGCCUGGGUCUCAGACUCACUGUGGAACUCCGUGCAGCCUCUUCCACUGGCUACUGGGAAGCAUGUCUGGUAGUUACUGGUUCCAGCCCUGUUUCAGAGGGAAAAACGCCUGCCGUUAAUCCUCACCUGUCUGGGAUAAAGGCGGCCAAGGAAACAAGACCCAAGGAAACGGGCCAGUGGGAAAGAAAACCCUUCUGCACAACAGACGUGCCCCAGCUGCUGGGUUGUUUGGGCUCCUUUGAUAGGACAGGAGCUGUUACCCAGCAUCUUGAAGCAUAGAGAGCAGCAAACGCUUACUAAAGACAGUAUCCAUGCUCACUGUACACACGGCAGGCGGAUAGAUAAGGCCUGCUGGAGAGAUUUUUUUCGAGAUGCCAGUGAUGGGGCCGGGGGUUAGGGGAGAGGAGGAAAAAAUGAGUUAUCAAGUCUCUGAGGACGUGUGGCUCUUCAUAGGUUUUGCACGUGGGAAGGAAACCGAAUAAGGCUUAUCAGGAAAUCAGGUGAGAGGAACUCAGCUAUGUAGGUACUCUGAAACCCUCCCCCUUCCAAGACCAAGUUCAUAUGUAUUCCCACCAAAGUAAUUCCAGUGCCAGCGCUAGUGUUAAGGCCCUGGCCAAGCUUGUUUCUCAGUAGUUUAAUGUCAAGUGCCUGAUACAGUCUUCUGCAAGUUGAAGAAAAUGCGUUUAGUUUUUCUCAUUCUUGUUUUAACUGGGGGAGGGAGGCCAUACAGGCGAGUGGUGGUCAAAACGUGCACCUAUUUUAUACAGAGAGAUGACGUGUGGCUGUUCUGCUGUAGCUGUACUCAACUGAACAGAAGGGAAGUGCAGGCUGUGUAUCACAGAGAGGCCUGGGGCUCGCUCUUCUGAAACCCAUGCCUCACGCUAGACAAUCCAUUUCACGGGUUGGUCAGUUAGUUCUCAGAACCUGGGUGGGAAGUGUCCUCUGGGAGUCGGGACAAGUCCACAGCCAAGGAUGAGUUCAAGGAUGUGUCUCUGCACCAAUCCAGCAACUUGCUCUCCACAUGGAGGAGUUGGUGACCUCUGCUUAUGCCGGGAAAAGUCACGUGAGAAGAGUAGAGCACCUUAAAGUGGGCGGCCCAUCUCCAGGAGAGCUUGUCAACCGCAGUGCAUCAGGAGCGGCUGUAGAUUGGUGGGUACUUCCAGUGCCAAGGGAAGGUUUUCUCCUCUGUGGCUGUCUGUGGAUGCCAUCAGUAGGAGGGGAGGGAUGGGGCCGUGUCAUCUUUUCCAAUCUGACCCUGAGUCCUCACCAGAGAAAAACUGGCUUUGUCAUACCUGGAACCAGCCCCCCUUCCCCCGCAAAAAACCUCCACAGGAUUAAAAAAAACAAAAAAACAAAAUUUAAUCUCUUUGGAAUUCAAGAAAGUAGGGGAAGCAGCAUAAAAUGUUUCUAGUUGGCAAAAUUCAUUUUUUUUCUUUUUCUCCUAAAAUGAGGAUCCCUUGCUUUCGUUUUGCACGAGCCCUCGUCCUAGAAACUUAUGCCCAACUGCCUCCCCGCCUACUCUUCAAAACUACCUUGUUUAUUUUAAGACAAAUAAGUUGGAGCGGUUGCAGUAAAACUUCACAGGUGUGUAGCUGGGAAGGCAACAUUUUCAAAAAAUACCGUAUGAUGAGAACUCCUAAUCAUCACUAACAGCCAACAAUAAAGAUGCCAGUCUCAUUUCCCUCAUUUCUUGAGAGAAGAGAAGUAAAUGAAAGGAGGAAGAAAUAGAUAUGCAAUUAAAAGAUGUGGCAAAAAGAGAGAGCUGAACCAGUGCAAUGUAGCCUUCAGGUGCAGAACACUGGCGGUCCACGAGGAUGCAGAGUGGACCCAAUUAGACACGAUUGUCAUCAGCCUGAAAGUAGCCAGCGAAGCCUAAUUUCCCAUAUUUUAAAAGACAUUCCAUUUUGUUUCUUUCAACAGUGCCCUUUUAAAGGCACAGGGUUGUUUCAGUUGUUCCAUGACCCUAAGCGGGGAAGGAAAGAUGGUGAACCCUCUACUCUUUAUCUGGGGGGCCACAUUCUACGCUAUUGGCAGAUUUAUAAUGAUAUCGAUCACAGCAAUGAUAAGUAAUAAAAGCUGCCCUGUGUUAAUUAAAGGGAGCUUUUUUAAUCAUUCAGAACCUUUUGUGACAUGUAAAGUGCAGUUGUGAGGAAUGUGUGGGUGUACGAACAUGUAUCUGUCAAGUUCAGAGUCCUCUAGAUUAAAAAAAAAAAUUAUGACUUAUCAAUGGUGCCGUUAUAGAUGUGUCAGACCAUGGGUGUGCCCAUUUUCACAAUUAUCCUUAAAACAAAUCUAUGUUCAAAUGCUUUAAAAUUUUAUCACAUGAUACAAGAGUAUAACUUUGUCAGCCUUCUAGAGUUUUUUCUCCUUCUAUUUUCUUUCUUAUUUUUUCUUUCAAAAAUCAAUGAAGACUUGAUUUCUGUCAAUAAUUGUAUUAAGGGUGAAUAUGCUACCUGAAUUCUGUGCAUGUUACAUUGUAGUUGUAACCUUUUCUAAUUCAGGAUGAAUAUGAGAUGGUUGUGAUUGUGCAGUGUAUCAAUAAAGUUCAAAGAAAUUUGUAA